AUGCGACUUGCGGAUCUCGCCGUGGAGAGGCGCUGGAUUCGACGGACUUCACUCGGGGAUAGCAGUGAGCGGUACUGGUCGGGAAAUUACGACUACCCUCCUGCCUCUCGCCAUCCCUCUCGCGGGGCUCGGACCAAUGACCGACAACAGCUGCCGCCCGCCAGUCGAUUGCAACAUCUCCGGGAUCUGUUGAAUUCGGAACGUAACCGCAGUGACUUUGCCUUCGCCCGCGCAGUAGAAACCUUGAACCAGGAGAUGGACGAUUACCGCUCUUCACAUGUCUGGGACCGUUCCAGCUUUGAGCAAGCCAGGGCAGCCGUGGAUCUUCAGAUGCAACAGCUCCGUGCAGAACGAGCACUCGGAGAGGACCGUGCCAACGGGGCCAGCUCGCCGAUUCAUCCAGGAGCACCAAGGUUGCAGCCUUUGAAUGUCCCCCUAGUGAACCCAGAAGAAAGCACCUCCGAUCCCUCACGUUCAGGUAGCAGAACACCAAGACCUCGAUCCGGGAGGGGUAGCGACCGGUCUAAUCCUGUAAGACGGAGCAGAGAUUCUAAUCUGGCCUCUCUCCUGGAUACGCCCGUACCUCGUCUGGGCUCGCCCACUGUCACGCCUCAGCAGUUCGAAGAAGAGCAUCCGAUGGACCGUGCAAGGGCCAAACGUCGAAAGCUUGAGUCAGAUGAUAACAGGGAAGGACUGCAGGGAUUCCGAUACGGCCAAUAUGGCCAGGUCGUACCUGGGGCACUCAGAAUGGAGUUAGCUAGCUGUGACGGAGGGACGUAUGAGCCCAAUGGCGAAAGCUCAUGGCCAGAAAACAUCCUUCGCAAUGAUGCUUCCGUAUACUGUACGAAAUCAGACCGAUGCAAUCUCAUUCUGAAGCACCACGGGGAGUCCCCAUUUUGCUUGAAGAAAAUCGUCAUAAAAGCACCGAAAACCGGCUACAAUGCCCCGAUUCGAGAAGGCAUGGUUUUUGUUUCAAUGUCAUCUGAUGAACUCCUAGCUCGUACAGCUGCUUUCGAGGUGCAAUGCGAAACAGCUCGAUCGUUCGCGCGGAAUCGGCCCGGGGGAAUGCAACCUUCUCAGGAGUAUCUUAAUGCAUAUCGACCUCCGCUGCAGAGUCUAGACCGAGGGUCUACCGCCGAUCAAUCCUCUGACUCGGAAUCAGAUAGUACUGGUGGGCCCGGUGGCGCUGUUAAUGAGCCUGAUUCGAUGUCCGAGUUCCGAAUCACUAUGGAGUAUGAUGAGCAGCCGGGUGGAAGGCUUGAUCGUGAUGACCAAGAUGAUGAUGACGAGCCUCUCUCUCUUACCGAUACCGAUAGCUUGCGGAUGGGGCGAAUGGAAGAUGACAAUAUUGUAUGCUCCGACAGUGACGUGAGUUUAAGUGAUGACGAUGCCUCCGGGUUGAGCACAUUCGCGCGGCGUCGCCAAGAGCUAGCACGGCGUGUUCGAGCCAUGCGUCGCCAAUACAUUGGGGAGCGAGAGGGGCAAGUCAGACGACGGCCGACCUCAGUUAUGCCAAGGCCAGGCCUGCGUACUGAACCAGCACUUGGUUCGGAAUUCUCACUGAUGAAACCGCAUGCUCGCUUUUUCAUUGAGCGAAAUAAAAGCAUGGUCAGCGUAAAAUUCGACCCUCCUCCCUCAGGUCGAUACAUUCUCGUCAAGCUAUGGAGCCCUCACAGCGGAAAAAACAUAGACAUCCAAAGUAUCAUUGCUUACGGCUACGCCGGGACGAGAUUCUUCCCUGCCCUAGGUUUCAGGUAA